ACGACUAAAUUUGAACGUUUCUUACGUGACUUUAUUUGCACACGAAGCGGAAGCUGGGCCUCAGGUUAGCCACCUUGACGCUAGCUUAGCAACUGCUGUUUAAAGAGAAGGGGGAAAAAAAGACGUACAUUCUGUGGUGAAUUUUUUAUGGUUGUUUUUAUAGUUUUGGUCUUACUCGGACUCUCGAGUUGUACAUUUUAGCGUCGUUUGGUGCUGGCACUUCGAGACUAACCUGCUGGUUGACCGCAGAGGGUGACGCAGGGUUUUUUUCACCGAGCGUUUAAGUUUGCUCGGGCUGCUGUUGACAUAAGCAGCCUCGGCUGAAGGGGACGGCGGCGGGGCAAAUCCGAGUCACAAGACCUCUUCACCGAGCUGCUCUACUGGGGUCGCUCCACCACCCGGAGGGUUCGGAGGAAUGGAGAACCCCGGGUACCGCACGGGGAGCUUCGACAGCCUUCAUCACUCCAGCGAGGAUGACGACGACGACGAGAUGGUGGACAUAGCGGGGGCCACGCUGGACUUCUCCACGACGGACGACGUCCCUCCUCUCGGCACAGGAAGCUAUGAGGAGAGCAGCAGCAGGGCGGCCGGCAUGAACGGCGCCGGCCCCAGUAAGCUCAUGGACCCUCUUGAGGACCCGCUGCCAGGAGUGGGCACCUAUGAAGACUUCAACACUAUCGACUGGGUCAGAGAAAAGAGCAAGGACCGGGACAGGCACAGAGAGAUCACAAAAAAGAGCAGGCAGUCGACGGUAGCCCUGCUCCACAGUGUCAGUGAUGCCUUCUCCGGGUGGCUGCUCAUGCUGCUGGUUGGACUCAUGUCAGGUGCUCUGGCCGGCGGCAUCGACAUCGCAGCUCACUGGCUGACAGACCUGAAAGGCGGGGUGUGCCUCAUAGGGUUCUGGUUUAACCACGAGCACUGCUGCUGGACGUCCAACGAGACCACGUUCCAGGAGAGGGACCGCUGUCCUCAGUGGCAGAGCUGGGCGGAGCUCAUAACGGGGACGUCAGAGGGCCCGUUCGCUUACAUCAUGAACUACCUGAUGUACAUAGUCUGGGCUCUGCUCUUCGCGCUGCUGGCCGUCACGCUGGUCAGAGCCUUCGCUCCGUACGCCUGCGGCUCAGGAAUCCCAGAGAUUAAAACCAUCCUAAGUGGGUUCAUCAUCCGAGGCUACCUGGGGAAGUGGACCCUCAUCAUCAAGACCAUCACCCUGGUUCUAGCCGUGUCCUCUGGACUCAGCCUGGGGAAGGAGGGCCCGCUGGUCCACGUGGCCUGCUGCUGCGCCAACAUCCUCUGCCACCUGUUCACCAAGUAUCGCAAGAACGAGGCCAAGCGGCGAGAGGUUUUAUCAGCGGCGGCGGCGGUGGGCGUGUCGGUGGCUUUCGGCGCUCCCAUCGGAGGAGUCCUGUUCAGUCUGGAGGAGGUGAGUUACUACUUCCCCCUGAAGACGCUGUGGCGCUCCUUCUUUGCGGCGCUGGUGGCGGCCUUCACGCUGCGCUCCAUCAACCCGUUCGGAAACAGCCGCCUGGUGCUGUUCUACGUGGAGUUUCACGCCCCGUGGCACCUGGUGGAGCUGGCCCCGUUCAUCCUGCUGGGGAUCUUCGGAGGCCUCUGGGGGGCGCUGUUCAUAAAGGCCAACAUUGCCUGGUGCCGGAUCCGGAAGUCCACUCGCUUGGGCCACUACCCCGUCAUCGAGGUGCUGGUGGUGGCAGCGGUGACCGCCCUGAUCGCCUACCCAAACAGCUACACCCGCAUGAGCGGAGCGGAGCUCAUCUCGGAGCUCUUCAACGACUGCUCGCUGCUGGACUCCUCGCAGCUCUGCGGCUACAAGCAGCCAGUCAACGUGUCCGAGACGGGAGCAGGAAACAGCCUGGCUGAUCGACCGGCCGGAGAAGGCCUCUACACAGCCCUGUGGCAGCUGGCGCUGGCCCUCAUCUUCAAGAUGAUGAUCACCGUCAUUACCUUCGGCAUGAAGGUCCCUUCCGGCCUCUUCAUCCCCAGCAUGGCGGUCGGAGCCAUCGCCGGCAGAUUGCUGGGCGUCGGCAUGGAGCAGCUGGCCUACUACAACCACGACUGGCUCAUUUUUAAAGGGUGGUGCACCCCGGGAGCUGACUGCAUCACCCCGGGGCUUUACGCCAUGGUCGGAGCCGCUGCCUGUUUAGGCGGCGUGACGCGCAUGACGGUGUCCCUGGUGGUCAUCAUGUUCGAGCUGACCGGCGGCCUGGAGUACAUCGUCCCCCUGAUGGCCGCCACCAUGACCAGCAAAUGGGUGGCAGACGCCUUUGGGAGGGAGGGAAUUUACGAGGUGAGUCAAGUUUCCCGGCGGGAAAAAAAGCAGAAGCCCCGACGGUCUGAGCCGAGGCCGGACGCUCAGACGCCCAUGUUGCUUCCUCCACAGGCUCACAUCCGGCUGAACGGGUACCCGUUCCUGGAGCCCAAAGAGGAGUUUGACCACAGCAGCCUGGCCGUGGACGUGAUGAGGCCCAGGCGGGGAGACCCGGCCCUGGCCGUGCUCACCCAGGACGGCAUGACGGUUGGCGAGGUGGAGACUGUGGUGGAAAGCACCCACUACAGCGGCUUCCCUGUGGUCGUCUCUCAGGAGUCCCAGAGACUGGUGGGAUUCGUGCUGAGAAGAGACCUGCUCAUAUCAAUAGACAAUGCCCGGAAGCGUCAGGAAGGCAUCGUCAGCGCGUCCCAGGUGGUCUUCACCGAGCACACGCCCCCCCAGCCCCCCGAGGGCCCGCCCCCCCUCCGCUUGCGAGGCAUCAUGGACCUGAGCCCCUUCACCGUCACCGACCACACCCCCAUGGACAUCACCGUGGACAUAUUCAGAAAGCUGGGCCUGCGCCAGUGUCUGGUUACACAUAACGGGAGGCUGCUGGGAAUCAUCACUAAAAAGGACAUCCUCAAGCACAUGGCGCAGAUAUCCAACAGAGACCCCGACUCCAUCCUCUUCAACUGAACUCCAGUCACCCCCGGUGUUCCGCAUCUCUUCCAGGGGCCGAAGAAGACGCCGACUCGCACACUCCAAACCACACGUUUCACCUCUCAGGUUCCUCCGAACGGCCAGAGUCAGGGCCUCAUUGGGCGAUGUGGCCAGUGGAUUAUUUGGGGUGUCCAAUCAGAGACGAGGACUCGACCCCGCAGUCACAUUUUGACCCCAGAACUGGGAGGAGGGGGUGGGCAGAACUAAGCCGAUGGAAUAUUUCACAUCUGCUUCUUCUUGGCGUUUUUUU